GCCCUGCAGCUGGGGACAGUGCUGGUGGGAUCCCCCACGCAGGACGGGACCAUCUCCAUCCUCACCACCUCGGCGGAGGCGGACGAGCCCCACAGGGUGCAGUUCCCAGCUCCCUGCCACAGCAGCCCUCUGAGCCCAGGGCAGCCUCGCUGGGCCAACUACGUCAAGGGCGUCAUCCAGCACUACCGGGGUGGUCCUGUGCCGGGCUUCAGCGCCGUGAUAGCCAGUGACAUCCCCCUGGGCGGGGGCCUCUCCAGCUCGGCUGCUCUGGAGGUGGCUACUUACACCUUCCUCCAGCAGCUCUGCCCUGAUGACGGCGACUUGGUAGCCAAGGCGCUGGCCUGCCAGGAAGCAGAGCACACGUUUGCCAGCAUGCCCUGCGGGAUCAUGGACCAGUUCAUCUCCGUGAUGGGCAAGGAAGGCCACGCGCUGCUUGUUGACUGCAGGUCCCUGGAGACCGUCCUCGUCCCGCUGACCGACGCCAGCUUG